CGAAAGAUCGUUACAGUUCGGAUUUUCCAAGUAUAUAUGACAUCGAUGCUGAUCUCGAACAUGUGACUUCUAGGUACUGGAAGGUAAAAAGUCCUACAUAGGAGGGUAGGCCAACGAGGGAGCAAUCUAAUGAUAAAACAAACUUAGAAGUCACAUGUUCUAAUUGGUUCGACUGGUUCCAAUUUGAUCCAAACAUUGAUUCGAUCUGCUUCGAUGUUCCUUCCCCACCCCCCCCCCCCCCCCCCCCCCCCCCCUGCACUUCUGUUCUAGUUAUAGGAGAAGAGGCCAACGAGGGAGUGAUCUGACGAUAAAACGAACUUAGAAGAAGUCACAUGUUCUAAUUGGUUCGAUUGGAUACAAACAUUGAUUCGAACUGCUUCGAUAUUUCAUCCCCUGCACUUCUGUGCUAGUUAUCAAACUCUGCUAACCUGUUAGAAUCUUUAAUUUUGGCUUCGCUACACUGCAGUGACCCAGCCAGCCGCCCAACGUUCCAAGAACUCCUGGAAAAGCUUAGGGACCUCCAGAGACAGUACACCAUCCAGCUCCAGGCCGCCCGUUCCUCCGCAGCCGCUGGAGAACAUCACGCCACCACCCUCCACAAGGAAAGCUAGCAGAGCCAACUCUCGUGGCGCGAGCCCUCCACAAGUCCUGCGAAACCUUUUCGGCGUUAUCUCGAAGAGGGAAUUCCAUCCCACCCCUGAUUUGAUUGCAAAGAAGGAAUUCUUAUGGAUUUGUAGUGCCACGCAGUGAUAUAGAACAAACAACACAGUCAAUGUUGCUGGCGAGGGGCAGAAAGGCACAGAAACUGGAAGGUUUUUUUUCUUAUGGGGAAAGUUUUCUUUUUUAUUUGUUCUUUUCUUGGCGGGCAGUCUGAGUUUGAGUGUGUGCGCGCACUUUGUACAUGUUUCUCAGACGCGCCAAUAUUUAAGAGGAAAGGAGAGAGAGAGAGAGGAAGAGGCGGUGUUAUAUUUGUUGUCACUGUGUGUAGGUUUGGGUGGAUUCAUUCACCAAAUUGAUUAGCUCAUUGGUCACUUUAGGAAAUUCGUUGUGCAGAUUACGGAAGAUAUAUAAAAAAAAAAGGCGGAAGAAGUCUGAGAAUAUGGAUUUUAAUGGUGUCUCCUUUUCCGUUUCACCGCCAUAGCUUCUCCUCCUUACGAAUCCUUCCUACGCCCCCCAAAACAAACCUCCAAUCCGCCAUUCUUCCGUAGCUGAUUUUCCAGGGCACUGCUGAUCCGUUCAUAGCUCCGCUACGAUCUCUGCUCCUUUCUGCCUUGAUUCGGAAUGGAUACGCCGGCGGCGAAAGAGCUUCUCCGGAAGAUGAAGGAGCUGGAAGCCGGACAAGCUGAGCUCCAAAAGGAGACGACGAGGCUUCUUAGGCCUUCUUCUGAUCAGAAGUCCGAGAAUCUGCAUGAACAGCUCCACCGGCAUCCUCCUCCUCACUCUCGAUUCAUCUCGCCUCCGCGUGAAAGAACGGGACGGCACUUCGUGAAGGCUCCGGCUACGAAGAAGUCCUCUCCGUCGCCGUUUAGCCAUUCGUCUCCUUUGGAGCGGGAAUCGCGCCGUCCGAGCUGCGGUUCCGGUAAUGACGGCGGCGAAAGGAGUGCUGGUCCGUCUGCCGUGAAGCUUACGGAUAAGCAGUACUUGAACAUCUUGCAGUCCAUGGGGCAGUCCGUUCAUAUUUUUGACUUCUCCGGCAGACUCAUCUACUGGAAUCGAGGUGCUGAAAAGUUGUAUGGCUAUUCUGCGGCGGAGGCUUUUGAUGGAAACAUCGUUCAGCUGCUUGUAGAUCCCGGUGAUAGAAGGAUUGCGCAGAAUGUUGUUGAUCGUGUCCUCCGGGGUGAGAGCUGGACAGGACAGUUCCCUGUGAAGACCAAGAGCGGCGAUAGGUUUCCAGUCGUCGCGACCAAUACACCUUUCUACGAUGACGAGGGUACUUUGAUUGGGCUGAUCUGCUCAUCUAUGGAUUCAAGGCCAUUUCACGAAGUGAAGGCUGGUUUCUCUGGUCCCUUUGAUACGGAAGCAGUCUCGAGUUCCUCCAACUGUGGUGUUGAUAGAACCUGCAGCAGUGUCUCGGCUAAGCUUGGUAUGGAUUCCCAGUUGCCACUGCAAGCAACACUCAAAUCUAAGAUAUCUAACUUGGCAAGCAAAGUGAGCAACAAGGUGAAGUCCAAGAUUCAAACUGGAGAGAACAACAGCUUGGAUUGUCGUGAAGGUGGUAGUGGAGAUGGUCAUCAUUCUGAUCAUGGUUUCGCGGAUGUAGCGGCAGAACAUAGGGAUGAUGCAAACUCCAGCGGUGCUGGUAUGCCUAGGGCAAGCUCACGGAGGGGAGAUUUUCAUCCAUCUCCUUCUGUUGUCUCGCCUUCUGGCGAUGAUAGUGAAGGGAAGCCGGCAAUCCUCAAGGUCAUCACUUCGAAAGCAGAAGUGUGUAUGGGUAAAAAGGGGUUGUCAUGCCCAUGGAAAGGGCAUGAGAGGGAAGUUCCCGAGGCAAGAAUGACCAAGUUCGUUUGGCCUUGGUCGCAACAUGACCAAGAGGGUGAAAUGAAUCGUCCCUCUAAUGCGUGGUCGUUAUCAUCUGGAAAUGUUAACAGCACGAGCUGUGUCAGCAGUUGUGGCAGUACGAGCAGCAGUACUGGGAAUAGGAUAGAUGUGGAACCUGAUAGCUGGAAUUAUGACAUAUUAUGGGAAGAUUUGACAAUUGGAGAACAGAUCCGAGAAGGGUCUUGUGGGACUGUCUAUCAUGCCCGGUUGUACGGAUCUGAUGUUGCGGUCAAGGUAUUCUCCAAGCAAGAGUAUUCUGACAAUGUGAAUCUUUCAUUUAGACAAGAGGUAUCCCUUAUGGAAAGACUCCGCCAUCCAAAUGUGCUGCUCUUUAUGGGUGCCAUGUCCUCACCACAGCGUCUCUGUAUCGUUACAGAGUUCUUACCUCGAGGAAGUUUGUUUCAGUUACUCCAACGAAAAGCAACAAAACUAGAGUGGAGGCGGAGAGUGCAGAUGGCAUUGGAUAUUGCACGAGGUAUGAAUUAUCUUCAUUGUUUCAACCCUCCUAUCGUUCAUCGUGACUUGAAGUCUUCAAAUCUUCUGGUUGAUAGAAAUUUGACGGUAAAGGUUGGUGAUUUUGGGCUGUCACGUUUAAAGCAUGAAACAUUUUUAACAACCAAAUCCGGGAAGGGCACGCCUCAAUGGAUGGCCCCAGAAGUUCUCCGGAAUGAACGUUCUAACGAGAAGUCUGAUAUUUACAGCUUUGGAGUGAUACUGUGGGAACUUGCUACCAAGAAGGUUCCUUGGGAUAAUCUCAACUCAAUGCAGAUAGUUGGUGCUGUGGGGUUCAUGAACCAACGGUUAGACAUACCAAAAGACCUCGAUCCCCGCUGGGCCUCUAUAAUUGAUAGCUGCUGGCUCAGUGAUCCAGCCAGCCGCCCAACAUUCCAGGAACUCCUGAAAAAGCUGAGAGACCUUCAGAGACAGUACGCCGUCCAGUUACUGCCCUCCCGUUCUUCCGCAACAGCUGGAGAACAUCACACCACCAUCCUCCAGAGUGAAAGCUAGCCAAGCCGACUCGUGACGCAAACCUCCACAAAGCCUGCGAGAAACCUUUUUGGCGUUAUCUUGAAGAAGAAAGAUCCAGCUCAACCCCAUCCCCUGAUUUGAUUGCCGGGAAAGAAUCCAUGUGGAUUUGUAGUGCCAUUCAGUGACAGAACAAACAAGACGGUCAAUGUAGAUGACGAUGGGCAGAAAGGCACAUAGCAGGAGUGUUUUUUCCUUUUCCAUGGCAGGCAGCCAUGUGAGGGAGAUUUGAGGGAAAAAGGUAUUUAUAUCUUUUUGUUUUCUUUUUCGUGGUGGGCGGGGUUGGCUGAGUUGGUGUGCGUUUUUUUGUUUAUGUUUUCUCAGACGCGCCAUUAUUUAAUAAGAGCAAGAGGGAGGG